AUGGCGAUUGACCGGCGUCGAGAGGAAGGUGCCGGGGGGAGCCGGCCCCUCCCCGAGGAAAACGGCUCUUUGCCUGCCGGGGAGGCGGACCCGGCCAUUGCAGCUCCGGCCGCACCCCCUGCAGGGGGUCUCUCGGCGGAGAUCCAGAGCCUGCCUCUUCCCACGCCUCCCUCCGGGUCCUGCAGCCCCCUGCUUCUGGAUUACGAUGGCUCCGUGCUGCCCUUCCUGGGGGGCCUGGGCGGCGGGCACCAGAAGACCCUCAUCCUCCUCACCUGGAUCCCCGCGCUCUUCAUCGGCUUCAGCCAGUUCUCGGACAGUUUCCUCUUGGUCCAGCCCAUCUCUUGGUGCAAGGGGACGGAUGGGCAGAGCAACUGGACCGACUUCCCCCCGCCGCCUCCCAGGGGCAUCACCACCAGCCCCGGCUACAACCACAGCAGCGACAGCUAUAGCAGGGGGAUCCUGGCAGCCCCGGAACUGCCCACUCCUGAGGGAGCGAAUGACAGUUACUGCCACUGCCGUGAGAGGUACCAUCGGAUCCCUGCAGGCCUACAGCAGAAUAUUGUGAGCAAGUGGGAUCUGGUCUGUGACUCUGCCUGGAAAGUUCACAUUGCGAAAUUUUCUCUGCUUGUAGGAUUAAUCUUUGGCUACCUAAUAACAGGAUGUAUAGCUGAUUGGGUUGGCCGACGUCCAGUCCUGCUCUUCUCAGUGUUGUUCAUUCUAAUAUUUGGACUGACAGUGGCCCUCUCGGUGAAUGUGACCAUGUUCAGCACACUCAGGUUCUUUGAAGGGUUUUGCCUGGCUGGAAUAACGCUUUCCUUGUAUGCAUUACGGAUAGAGCUCUGCCCUCCUAACCACCGUUUCAUGAUCACAAUGAUAGCAAGCUUUGUAGCAAUGGCAGGGCAGUUCCUGAUGCCAGGGCUGGCUGCCCUCUGCAAGGACUGGCAAAUUCUCCAAGCUGUGAUCAUCUGCCCUUUUCUGCUGAUGUUACUCUACUGGCUUGUCUUCCCAGAAUCUCUUCGGUGGCUGAUGGCCACACAACAGUUUGAAGCUGCAAGGAAGCUCAUCCUUCAAUUGACUCACAGGAACAGGACAGAUACAGAGUCUGAUAUUAAGGGAGUGAUGCCUGAACUAGAGAAAGAGCUUGCCAGGAGACCAAAAAAAGUCUGCAUUGUUAAAGUGGUGGGAACAAGAAACCUGUGGAAAAACAUUGUUGUGCUCUGCAUCAAUUCGCUGACGGGAUAUGGAAUACAUCACUGCUUUGCAAAGAGUAUGAUGGGUCAUGAAGAUAAGAUGUCCUUCACCAACAAUUUUUAUGCGGACUAUUACACCAUGGCCAGCAUCACUCUGGUGUCCUGCCUGGCUAUGUGCCCAGUGGUUGGUUUUCUCGGAAGAAGAGGGGGUCUCCUGCUCUUCAUGAUCCUCACUGCUCUGGCUUCUCUUUUACAACUGGGCCUUCUCAACUUGAUAGGAAAAUACAGUCAACUUCCAGACUCAGGUACAGUUUCCAGAUCAAUUUUAGGUAUGAGUGACACCGUAAAGGACAAAUUCUCCAUUGCGUUUUCCAUCGUGGGGAUGUUUUCAUCGCACGCAGUUGGAAGCCUCAGUGUAUUCUUCUGCGCAGAGAUCACCCCAACAGUAAUAAGGGGUGGCGGCCUUGGCCUUGUCCUGGCUAGUGCGGGCUUUGGGAUGCUGACCGCGCCCAUCAUGGAACUGCACAACCAGAAAGGCUAUUUCCUCCACCAUGUGAUUUUUGCUUGUUGCACCCUCAUCUGCAUUAUCUGCAUUCUCCUCUUGCCCGAGAGCAAAAACCAGAGGCUGCCAGAGAACAUUCCAGAUGGUGAACAUUAUACCCGGCAGCCUCUCCUACCGCAUAAGAAGGGGGAGCAGCCCCUGCUGCUGACGAACUCUGAACUUAAAGAUUACUCUGGCCUCCAUGAUUCGGCAACCGCGAACGAUGGGGUGACCGAGACCGUCACUGCCAACGGGAUGAAAGCAAUGUAGGAGGAGAAGGGGCAGGAGCAUUUAGCUGUGGGUUUGCUUCUCAUCCAAGAUUUACAAACCAGUGAGAAGGGAUGGAUACAUACAGGGAAAUUAGACUCUGCUGCUAAAGCCACUUCUAGGAAUCUGUGAUGGGGAUACAAAUUGCUUUUGGGCACAGUUAUUGGGGGGGGGAAUACAUCUUCAGAAAAAACUGGCUGGAGAUCACUGUCCAUUUAUGUUCUUCCUGCCAUGAAAUAGUUCUAUUUAUUUUGAUGAUUUUCCCCAUGAAGCACUUUAUUCUGUUCUUCUCUUGUUGACCAUAAACAUGAAGCCAUGUUACUCUCAAGAAAAGCAACCAUUCCAGGAAAGAAAUCAUGAGGUGGUAUGGUUUUGGUUUCAUUUGACUGUUCGUUUUGUUUUUACUAGAGGUAUGAGGCAUCUCUUGCUGCAACAAUGAAUUUGUUGGCUACUGACAUUUUGAAUCAUCUUUUUUUUUCCUUGAUCUCUCCAGAUAAUUAAUAUCUCCUCCUUCCAAUCUC